GCGAGCACCACUGUGGGGCUCUUGGGCUCUCCCAUUUUGCCAUCUGAGUGAGGGUGCCAAAGUUCAAAAAAAGCAAGAGGAAAGCAAAUUUUACUGCACAUUUUCAGAGUCAGAACAAACAAGAAGAGGACACCAGAAUGACAAAGAAAGCGGGAAAGAACCUGAAAGAAAAAUUUGCCCUAAAGAACAACUUGCUGAAGGAAGGGCUGGCGGAAUUCCUGGGAACCUUCAUCUUGAUCGCCCUGGGCUGUGGGUCUGUGGCGCAAACGGUCCUGAGCAGAGGGACCCUGGGAGGAGCAUUGAUGAUCUCGGUGGGCUUCGCCAUGGCUGUCACCCUCGGUGUCUAUGUUGCAGGAGGCAUUUCUGGAGGUCACAUCAAUCCAGCCGUUUCUUUUGCCCUGUGCCUGUCUGGGAAGAUGAAAUGGGUCAAAUUUCCCGUGUAUGUCCUCGCACAGUGUUUUGGCGCCUUCCUUGGAGCUGCCCUGGUGUUUGGGAUCAACUAUGAUGCACUCAUGUUCUACACUGAUGGCGUCUUCACCGUCACGGGGCCCAAUGCCACGGCGCAUAUUUUUGCAACAUAUCCCCAGGAAUAUUUGUCCCUGACCAACGGCUUUGUGGACCAGGUGGUUUCCACAGCCUUCCUUGUCCUGGGUAUCUUUGCCAUCUUCGACACGGACAACAUCGGUGUCCCCAAGGGGCUGGAGCCCAUCGCCAUUGGCCUGCUCAUCAUACUGCUGACCUCUUCCAUGGCCCUGAACAGCGGCUGCGCCAUGAACCCUGCCCGAGAUCUGGCCCCGCGCGUCUUCACGUACCUGGCGGGGUGGGGGCCCGAAGUCUUUACGGCCGGUGGUCACUGGUGGUGGAUCCCCACUCUCGGCCCAAUGGUUGGGGCGGCUGUCGGAGUGGCCACCUACAUGCUCUUCAUUGAACUUCACCACGUUCCCCUGCCACCCUGCCAGAAGAAUGCCAGGGACGCCGACAAUGAAUAUGAGCUUACCCACCUGGAAGAAAGGAAGUAGGGUCCAAUGAAGCAGCUGCACCCCAGCCUUGCCUGGAGGGCCGAUGCCACUCCCCCUCAAGAGGGCCACACUGCCCACAGAAAAGCCACUCUUGUGAGAUGGGGUGGCAGGGGGCAGAAUUAACAGUCCUGGCUCCCCCUCGCCACCCACCUACCCUCAAGAAAGCUGUAUUUAAAUCUCAAAAUGAGUCAUCACCCCAGGAAGGAUGCUUGGAGCACUUUCUGCCUGCUUCUGGCCCAUCUCCCCCAGCCCCCCAUGAAAGUCUGCCUUCAAAUGCAAUUUCAGUCCCCUUCUCAUAUCAAGGAGUGCCUGGAAAAAGCCCAGGCGGAUGCAUGCUGAUCAUCCCCCAGUGCCAAGAGGGCCAGUUCAUGGCCAUCCUUGGACAGUCAGGGAGGCUGUUUUCUGCACCCGAAUUCUGAAACCAAAAUCAGUUUCAACCUGGGCAGGAAGAGGGGAGAUGGACCGGGAAUUAGUUCAGCCUCCCCAGGCACAGAAGUUUCCCCAGAGAGUGGUACUUCCUGAGCUGUUGCAACAGAUUUAGCAUUUCUGAAUAAUGGCAGAGGGGGGGGGGGCUUGUGGGAGCAUCUUUUGGCACUCUGCAGCCACCAGCAAACGGAGUGCAACAGCCGAACGGAAGGAGGUGUUUUUUUCCUCCAGAAGGAGCAGACGGUCCAAAAGAGAGGAAAAGGGGCAUAGCAGCACAGCAAGACAAAGCACAAUGUAAGAAUGGCACAAGAGCCCUACAUGCUGGCCAUGAACCAAAAGAGGAAAUCUCAGAGAGAGGGGACUUAAGACGCAACCAGCUUAAGAAAGAAACAUUGAUGCAUACUAGCAACAGUACAGAGCAUAGUGGAUUGGUAAUAAUUGCAAGAGAGUAAUAGGUAACGGUAAUAGUAAUUGAAUAGUAAUAGUAUGGAGUGUAGUAUAAACAUUAUCAUAGUACUUCAUAAUAGAAAUUAUCAUAGCAAUAGUACAGAGCAGUGUUUCUCAACCUUGGCCACUUUCAGAUGUGUGGACUUCACUGCCCAGAGUUCCCCAGCCAGCAAGUCUGGUAUAGUGAUAGCAAUAGAAGAAAAUAUAGGAAGCACUCACGUAUGACU